CUCAGUGAAGAGGACAUGACUGCAGAAAAACUAAGCCGCAUAUUUAAGAUACGUCAUUUUUCGGAGACGGUGCUGCUCGGUAGGUGUUUGGAAGAAGGUAGCGACAUGGCGUCGGGAACAGGAGAGUCGUCCACUGGACACGAUGCAGAACUGGACGAAUUGUUGGACAGUGCGUUGGAUGACUUUGACAAGACAUCAGCUCCUCCAGCUCCUGAACCUGUAGCUGCCUCAUCCUCAGCUGCCAGCGGUGCACAGAAGCCCCCCCUGCUUGAGGACUGCAAGAUGUUUGAGACUCUGUUUGAAGGCGACAUGGCCGCCCAGGCCAAAGAUGAGUGGGAGAAGGCCAUGUCAGAGCUGGCCCAGGAGGAGCCUGAACUACUGCAGCACUUCCAAAAACUGUCGGAGGCUGCAGGCAAAGUUGGCACCGACACUGAAUCCCAGCAAGAAUUCACUUCCUGUCUUAAAGAAACUCUUCGUGGACUGGCCAAAAAUGCAGACAAUUUGCAGACGUCAGGACUCGCCGGAGACGACCUCGUCAAGGCUCUAGAAGGCCUGGGGUUGGAAGAGGGCGGCGAAGGAGGUGGCGAGGACGGAAACAUCCUGCCCAUCAUGCAGUCCAUCAUGCAGAAUCUUCUCUCCAAGGAAGUGCUUUAUCCGUCUCUCAAAGAGAUCUCUACCAAGUACCCAGAGUGGCUGGAGUCCAACAAGCCAAGCCUCAGUCCAGAGGACCACCAGCGCUAUGAGCAGCAGGCCAAAAUCAUGGAGGAGAUCUGUAAGCUGUUUGAGAGGGAGGACGAGGGGGCGGCGGACAAAGAGAGCACGUUCGAGAGCAUCAUGGACCUGAUGCAAAAGCUGCAGGAUCUCGGUCAGCCUCCCAAAGAGCUGGCAGGGGAAGCGCCUCCCGGCUUCAACUUCGACCUGGAGUCCCUCAACCUCCCGGGAGGGGCCGGGGCCGGGGCGGCAGAGCAGUGCUCCAUCAUGUGAGGAGGCAGCGGCGUGGUCCACCAGAAGCACCGGAACCAGAGGGUCGCUCUGUGUGUGUGUCUGUGUGUGUACGUACGUGUGUGUGUCAGGGUGUGAAGCGAAAGGUCGGGACGAGAGCGUGACCACACACGGCCGACAACCAACAGGAACCACACUCACAAAAACCACACAAUCUUCUCUGUAACAUCCACCGAAAACGCACAGCGGAGAACUAUUCCAACAUCCGUGCAUUAGUUUGUCAUCAUACGCCACAGCUCCGUAGUUUUAACCGAAAAGCAGGAAAGACCACUGCCCAUCGACUCGUUGUUUUUACGUACUGUUUAGCCUCAUGGUAAAAAAAAAUCUGAAGCCACUUCACGGGUAUGAACAGUGCCUUUGCAAAACUGACUUUAACUUAUUGUCACUUCAGAUUAGAGUUUUAAAACCCUGCUUUACAUCAAGUACGUGUUUUUUUUUUCUAUUUUUUUUCUUCCCCCGCUUCGGUUUUUCUACUUUAACUGUAAAAGAUUGACCUUAACGAGUUAUUAGUAACUGGAAAAAAAAAAAUAGUGUAUAGUUGUUAAUUAGUAAAAUAAUUAAAAAGACUAAAGGUGAGUGAAAAAGUUCCCGGCUGCUAAUUUAACCCAUUCCCCACAUGUUAGUGCCCGUCCCCAGGUAUUGAUUUGACGUGAUUGAGAUGAUGAAUCCCGGAUGCCUUUGCUGUGGUUACAAUGAUCAUUAUGGUGUAGAGUUACCGUUCAAAGUGCUUCCUUCGUAAUUCCCAGUGCUUUUUUUUUUUUUUUAAAUGUGCAGAGUGAUGUUUUCUUUUGGUACGUGGGUCCCUGUCAGGAAACGGAAAACACCCGAGCAGCAAUAUAUAUUUCAGAGCGAACGUUUUCCUGGAUUUCCAGAAAAAGGUGGCGGGCCAGCGAAGUAAACAUCACGUCGUGUCACGCGAGAAGGGAAAACACGUCGGUGAUUCACGCAGAUGAACCGUUAGACGUCAGCCGCCUGAUGUUAGCAUUUUUUUUUUUUUUGGGCGCGGGGUUUUUUUUUUGUUUACUCCGGCCACUUUUCAUCGGCUCCAGUUCCCAGUGGACAAAAGUAUAGCACUGUAACUGUGGAGAGAACUAGAAAUCGCGCGGCCAUCAGCCCAUCAAUAACCCGUUUUAUAAAGGAGUACUGUGAAAGGAGUCAGUGAGCCGAACACUGAAAACAGAUCAGGUUUACAUCAGCUGAGGGGGUGCGGGCAAAAGUCUAUUCAACUCUCAGGGCCGAUGCAAACGUGCCCACGGCACUGUCAAAAGAAAAUACCUGCUAUUUGACACUAUUUUGAUUUGUUUUGUAAAUAUAUGAAAUAAAAUAACGAUUAUAAUGA